GAAGAUGGCUGUGCUAUUUCCUCUUUGACUUUUCGUGAGAGAUUAAAUAUAUUUGCCGAGAUAUGGUGCUAUCGUAGGUUUAUUCAGUUGAUAUGGCUGAUAAAAUCUGUGUACAUAUGCCUGUCAAUAUGUUUUUCUAUGUGACGCUUCACAACACAACUUUACAUGAAAGAGGAUGAAACCACCGUGUACAUGAAUGCAAGAAUGGUAGUGAUGUGAUCAAACAAAAAACUGAUUUAUUCUUAUAAAACAAUAAAAACUCAUGUAGAGUGAAGCAAAUGGAGAAAAUUCCAUUUUUUUGUAGUCUGUGGAUAGUUACUAAAUCUUUUUUCUUUUAUGUGCAUACAUCUGUGGCGUUUGAUCGUAGUGUGUCUUGGACUAGUGUAAUGUGGUGCUGCUGAAAAUAGUGUGACUUCUAAGACCCUAUCACAAUGUCGUUUCUAAGUAACUUGAAAAAAGUUCUCCACCUGGGAGGUGGAAAUGAGGCAAAGAAGAAGAAAGUAUUUAACAACAUAAGAAUGGAUUGCAAUCCAGAAGACUUUUGGGAAAUGGUUGGAGAAUUGGGAGAUGGUGCUUUUGGCAAAGUAUAUAAGGCUCACUCACAAGAAAAAAAUAUCUUUGCUGCUGCCAAAAUGUGUGCUCUUGAAGGAGAAGAUGAUCUGUCUGAUUUUAUGAUUGAAAUAGACAUUCUAUCAGAGUGCAAACACCCUAAUAUUGUUGAUCUGCAUGAAGCAUUUUUCUAUGAAGGAAAGCUAUGGAUGCUUAUUGAAUAUUGUGAUGGUGGUGCACUAGAUUCAAUUAUGGUAGAAUUAGAGAAACCACUUACAGAACCACAAAUUGCUUAUGUGUGCCAGCAAAUGUGCAAAGGCCUAGACUUUCUGCAUGAAUCAAAGGUUAUUCAUCGUGAUCUCAAAGCUGGAAAUGUUCUGCUAACAAUGGCUGGUGGUGUGAAACUAGCGGAUUUUGGAGUAUCUGCAAAAAAUAAAUAUACAUUACAGAAGCACGAUACUUUUAUUGGAACUCCAUAUUGGAUGGCCCCUGAAGUUGUACUGUGCGAAACGUUUAGAGACAACCCCUAUGAUUUUAAGGUGGAUAUUUGGUCACUUGGAAUAACAUUAAUUGAAUUUGCACAAAUGGAACCACCAAAUCAUGAGAUGUCACCAAUGAGAGUGUUACUGAAAAUUCAAAAGUCCGACCCUCCAAAGUUAGACCAACCUUCCAAGUGGUCAAAGGACUUUAAUGAAUUUAUUGCAAGGUGUCUUAUUAAGGAUCCUACUCAGAGGCCAACAGCUGGUGACCUUAUAAAGCAUCCCUUCAUCAACUGCACUCUGGACUCAAAGCCUAUACGUGAUCUGUUGCUGGAGUAUAAAGCAGAAGUUGUUGAAGAAGAAGUUAUGGAUGAAGAACCAGAGGAGCGGCCCAUCUCCCUGCCGCCAAUGGGCCUGGAAACAAACGAAGAUGAUUCUUCCUCCCACAAGAGUGACACUGAUGUAAAAAUGCUGCCUGACGUUGUGACUCCUGAGGACAGAGAGACUGUAACAAUUCCUGAAGACAAAGACACAGCUGUGAUAUCUGAGAACAAAGAUACAGAAGGGCCGAAGAGAGAAUUUGAGAAGGAAAAUGAUGAAAACGAACGAAAGAAGUUUAAAAAGGAAGAGGAGAGAGACAUCCCUGAUAAAAAGCCUGUGCCCAAGAGACAAAAUAGUGAAGGCAGCGAACGGAGGGCAUCGCAUGAUAAAGGUCCUGCCCCAAGACCACCUGUUACAACAGCUCAGCAAGCCAAAACAAAAAAUGAGCCUCCACCCCCUCCACCAAUGCCUCCAAUGUCUCUCAUCAGUGGUGUGACACAGGAUGAAUCAGAGGAUGCCGACGACGUUCUGCCAGUAACACCUAGUGCUAAAGUUUCUUCUGAAGUUCUCUCCCCAUCUGAGCCAGAAGUCCCAGAACAGCUAGACAAGGAGUUACUGCCUCAGUCAGAUAUUCCAGUGCCAAAUGACAAAAGUGAUUUGGCCCCAACCCCAGUCCGUCCUACUGUUAACAGGGAUUCCACUAGGGAAGAAACUAUAGAUCAUUCUAGUGAUGUCAGUGUCAAAGACAAAGUUGAAGAAAACAUAGCCCAAGUGAGGGCUGUGCAGGAUGACAACUUGGAAAAAGAAAAACGUAGAUCCUCACGAAGUUCUUUAGGAGAUAUUGUUAUACUUUCAGGGCCCAGCACUGUUGUUGAGCCAUCCAGCCAACCAGAAGUUAAGCUAAACAAAUCAACAGUGACUAUAACAACAGACAUGCGUGAAGAUAUGAGUACAGCCUCAGGAAAUGUUACACAAGUUACUGUUGUUACCACCCAUCCCCCUGUGUUGUUACCUCCUUUGGAAGGCCCUUACAUACCAUAUGCAGGCAGGACAACAGAUGAUGGGGAGGUUGUAAUAGUGUCUAAUGAAACAAACAAGACUCUCAUAAAUGAAUCCUCGACAGAUGAAGAUCUUUACCAUUCGUUAGAUUCUUUAGAGACAGGCUCAGAGAAUUUGCCCAUUAGUAUUGUCACAGAGAAACCAGUACGUCUUGAUGAAAGUGAAGUGCUAAUAGUGAGCCCAACAAGUCAUGUCGGUGGUGUAGAUGAAGGAGAUAAUUUAGGUGAUACAAGCCAUGUUUCAGUAGUAACAGUGGGGGAUGAUGAACAAGUUCAUGAUUCUACAUUGCAAAUGGAGAAUAGAAACAUUUCAGGUCAAGAAAAAGAUAUAGGCCACACAUCAAUUCUAGUCAAAGGUACUACUGUAGAGUCAACAGAUGUUGACAAAAUUGGAGACAGUGCCUCAAGGAGUGCGAAAGUUAAUGGAGAAGUUCUGAAAGAAAGAAGCACCAGUGAAGAAGUCCUCAUUGUUGUUAAUAAUUCAACCAACAUACAAAAGGUAAUAAAGGAAAAGAAAGUCCCUGCUUCACUUAAUGAUGUAGACGACAGCUUCCAUUCAGUUUCUAGAUCACAUUCUGAUACUAGCUCAACCCAAAGCAGUGAGCCAGUAACACCACUUUCCAGCACAGGAAAGCUUAUUGACAGGUCGGAUGCUGACAGUGUAACAACUACUGCAAGCCAGGACAGCCAUGGUAGUAACAAGGAAAACCAGCCAAACCGUGAUUCCACAAACUUGGAUGACUUGGAGGAAGUAGUACUGAGGCGGAAGCCAGAUUAUAUGAGGGAAAUGAACCGGGCAAAUCGAACAAAAGAAGAUAUCCAAAUAAUGAAUUUGCGAAAGAAAACUAGAAAAAGAACACGCAAAUUUGAGAUUGAUGGAGUUGUUGUGACAACAACAACUAGUAAAGUUAUAUAUGGUGAUGAAGAAAAUGGAAGGGUUUAUGAUGAUCACAUUUUCAGGAAGCAAGAGUUGCGUGAACUGAAGAUGUUGCAAAAACAGGAGCAGAAACAGUUUCAAGAUCUAUCCUUCAAGGCACAAUUUGCUAGGGAACAGCAGGAUAAACGCUUUGAACAAGAACGGCUGACACUUGUUCGGAACUAUGAAGCUGACUAUGAAGCAUUGGUGAGAGCACAGAAACAGCAAGUAGAAAGAGCAGAAGCACAGCAGGAGGCAGAUCUUCGAAUUGCUUCAAAGAAGAUUCGUGCUGAGCAGGAGAGGGAUCUGAAACAGUUUAGAGAGGGACUGAAACAAGAGCUGAGACUGUUGAAACAAGAAGUAGACUUGAUGCCUAAGGAACAACGUAAGAAUGCAUUCCGUGUUAAAAAAGAACGCCUUGAAGCAGAACAGGAAGAAAAGGAGAAAUUGUUCCUUGAAAAACUGAAUGAAAAUCAUGAGUCGUCAUUGAGAAGACUGAGUGAAACCCAUAGGGAAAAGAUAGCAUUAAUGGAAAGACAGUUCCUGCAGCAAAAGCAACAGUUAAUGCGUGCUCGUGAAUCAGCACUUUGGGACAUGGAAGAGAGACAAAUACUUGAGAAACAGCAGCUUGCCAAACGACAACUUAAGGAUGUUUUCUUCUUACAGAGGCAUCAGAUGCUGAUUCGACAUGAAAAAGAAUUGGAACAAAUAAAGCGUAUGAAUCAAAGGAAAGAAGAGGAACUAUUAAAACGUCAAGCCAUUGAGAAACGUGCAUUACCAAAACGCAUUCGAGCAGAGAUGAAAGCCAGGGAAAUGAUGUUCCGUGAAUCAAUGCGCAUUAGUAUGACUAUUCAGCCCAGCCCUGAAGAUGAGAGAGAGAAGCUUAAGAAGUUCCAAGAAGAUGAAAAAAAAAGAUAUCGUGCUGAACAGCAGAGAGCUGAGAUUAAACAUCAGCGACAGUUGGAAGAGCUACGUGCUACAUCUGAAGCAACAAUUCGUGAGCUGGAACAACUGCAAAAUGAAAAACGUAAAAUGUUGAUGGAGCAUGAGACAAUGAAAUUGAAAGAACAGGAAGAAGGUCAUAGUCGUGAACUGAAAGAAUGGAAAGGUCAACUGCAACCACGAAAAAGGCGACUGGAGGAACAAUUUGCACAGCAGCUUGAAGAACAGUGCCAGCUGUAUGGACCUGCCAUUUCUCUGCCAAAUGAUCUUCCAGAUCUUUCAAAUAUUGGUUCAACACGAAGCAGUCUUUCAUCUGUUUCAGAAGGCUGAUAUGUAAAUUGAAUUGCAGUGAAAGUGAAGACAAGUUUCCGUGUCCGUGUAUGUAUACUUUGUAAAUUAGUGGAACUAAUAACUUUCUAAAUGGGUAAGCAAUAGUCCAUGCUAAUCUUCAUGUUGAUACAGAAAAAGGCGUUCACCUUUCCUCAGAAGUCUUAUUUCUAGCACAAACUUACCACAGGGAGACAGCAAAAUGAAAGAGUUUACUGCAUGGUGUCUUGUGUACAAAAAUGUGAAGCCAAUUCAAACCACUUACUUUGUACAUUGUGUGUGUGUGUGUGUGUGUGUGUGUGUGUGUGUGUGUGUUUGUUUCCACACUUGUUUGCGUGAACACUGGUAUAUGUGAAUGCAUUUACAAGAAAUCUAUGUAGAAAUUGUAUUGAUUACACAGCCUAACAGAUGAAAAGACGUGUUUAAUUUCAUUCUGUUAGCUUUGAAAUCAAAUUGUUAACCUCAUUGUGGACACUGAAAGUGCAUUGCAACUGAAGAGUUCUUAAUUAGUGUAGGCAUUAAUAUGUGAAUAGCAAAGAGCUGGUUUUUCUCAGCACAGAUGUGAUUGCACUUAAAUCAUGAAGUACUUUUAUACACUUCAUUGACAGUCCUCAAAAAACCAGUUGUGUAGUUUAUAAAGUGAACAGCUUUUUUAUUAUUAAAAGAAGAUAUACUGAAAUGCUGUUGUACAGGUAUUUAUAUUGUGUGCUAAUACAUGUGUAAUGUAUUCCUGAUUGAAACUGUUGUAUAUGUUUUUUGUUACAAAGAUCUAUAUUUACUUCAUUGUUAUAACUUGUAUCUCACUUGUCUAAUGUGUGUAUAUGAAUAUUGAAGAGACUGUUGCAAAGUGAAAUUGUAAAUAUAGAUUAUUGCAUGCAUAUGCAUUAUUUGUAAAUAAAAGAAAAGACAAGGAAAUAUUUUAUAGUUUUAAAUUAAUUUUUAAGGAAGUGGAGUUGGUUUGAACUGAAAGGAAAUGUGUUAAUACAGCUGGAGAAGUAUUCCUUAAGACAUUGCUCAGAACUGGAAUAGUUAAAUUGGAAUGCUUAAUAGUUCUGUAUCUUAUUAUUAUUGAGAUGAACUAUUUUUGCACUGUACGUUAAAAACUAAUAUGUAAGUACAAGGUCAGUAUUGUUAGUGUGCAAUUUGAUUCUGUUGACUGAAAGCUACAGUGGAAUGUAUGAAACGGUUUGGCAUUGUAAGUAAUCACAGUUUUUUUCCAUUCAUUUCAAGAAAGCAGGAACUUGGAUAUAUCGUAAUGUAGUCUCCCUUCCCAUCUUUUCCCUCAAGUAACAUCACUAUUCUGUUGAUAACAAGUAACUUCAGAAUUUUGUUUAUGAAGAAAGUUUAUUCAACAUGUUGUAUUGCAAAUGAGAUACAUCCAGUUUUAGUUAUAAUUUUUUGGCAUUAAAAAGCUUUAAUGGCAUAUUUUGUGUUGAAAAGGAAUAUUUUACUCUCACCUCUGCGCAAUAAGCUAGGUGUACAAAUUAUGCCAAUAACAAAUUAUUUGUUAUUGUGUUACAAGCAGAGAACACAUUGUGUAACACAGUACAUAAAUAAAAUAUUCUACAGGAA